AUGGGCCAGACACUCUCUGAGCCCGUUGUCGAGAAGACAUCGGCGAAUGGCGGCGAUAAACGGCUUUUUUACGGCCUGUCGGCCAUGCAGGGCUGGCGCAUAAGCAUGGAGGAUGCACACACGGCGGAACUCGACCUGCUUGAGGACAACCCGAAGGCCGCCAAAGAGCAUGCCUCCCAACUUUCCUUCUUCGGCGUCUACGACGGUCAUGGCGGCAGCAACGUUGCGCUUUUCGCCGGCGAUAAUAUCCACCGCAUUGUUGCGAAGCAAGACACGUUCAAGGCGGGCAACUACGAACAAGCUCUAAAGGACGGUUUCCUGGCGACAGACAGAGCCAUUCUCAACGACCCCAAGUACGAAGAUGAAGUCUCAGGCUGCACAGCUUGCGUCGGACUGAUCACCGACGACAAAAUCUACAUUGCAAAUGCCGGCGACUCCAGAAGCGUGCUGGGCGUCAAGGGCCGAGCGAAACCCUUGUCAUUCGACCACAAGCCACAAAAUGAAGGCGAGAAGGCACGGAUCACAGCUGCGGGCGGAUUUGUCGACUUCGGCCGCGUGAACGGAAACCUCGCUCUGUCGAGAGCGAUCGGUGAUUUCGAAUUUAAGAAGAGUGCCGAGCUGGCACCCGAGCAACAAAUCGUCACAGCCUAUCCCGAUGUUGUGGUCCACGAAAUCAGUGACGACGACGAGUUUCUCGUUGUUGCUUGCGAUGGUAUCUGGGAUUGCCAGUCGUCUCAAGCCGUGAUCGAGUUUGUCAGGCGUGGGGUUGCCGCCAAGCAAGACUUGGACAAGAUCUGCGAAAACAUGAUGGACAAUUGUUUAGCGUCCAACUCGGAAACGGGCGGCGUGGGUUGUGAUAACAUGACCAUGAUCAUCAUUGGAUUCCUCAGGGGCCGGACCAAGGAGGAGUGGUACGAGGAGAUAGCCAAACGGGUUGCUAAUGGAGAUGGCCCUUGUGCUCCUCCCGAAUAUGCCGAAUUCCGGGGCCCGGGUGUGCACCACGGUUUCGACGAGAGCGACAGCGCUUACGACGUGGAGGACCAAAAACAGGGCAAGAGCUUUGGAAUUGGCGGCUAUAGGGGGCGCGUCAUUUUCCUCGGCGACGGCACCGAGGUUCUGACCGAUUCGGACGACGCUGAGAUGUUUGACAACUCGGAGGAAGAUAACGACCUCGUCAGCCAGGUCUCCAAGGGCACAUCUAAGGAGAGUGACUCAGAGGAGAAGGCGGCGGACGCUAAUUCGUCGACGCCGCCGCAACAGCAGUCGGAAACCAAGGCGGCCGGGGACAGCAAGGCCAACGAGAAGAAGAACGGAGAUGCAUGA